AUGCCGCUGCAAGUACUGUCGCGAUCUCAGGGCGACUUCUUCCUUCGAGGGCUCACCUCGGAUCCACCGCAGCGAUCCGACGGACGACAUCUGCUGGCUUUCCGCGCCCUCGACGUCGAUACAGGUGUGGCCGCGCAGGCGAAUGGCUCUUCUCGCAUUACCCUCGGAGGGACCGAAAUCUUUUGCGGUAUCAAAGCCGAGGUACGGAGCUUCGGCGACGACAGCGAUGAUGAGGACGAGGAGGCCGAAUUCCAGACGCAGGACGAGCUCGAGCUGGCGAGCGAAAGCAGGAAGACGGGUAGGAUCAAGUGCUCUGUCGACUAUUCACAGUCUCUCGUACACUCGUUCGACAGCAAGGUGCUAGAAUCGCUAUCCAUUGCGCUCUCUUCCAUGGUCAAUUCAACCUUUUCGCCACGGUCAUGUCCCUUGCCACUACACCAGCUGCUCAUUAUAGCCAACGCCAAGCACUGGACAAUAUACAUCGAUCUUUUGGUCAACUCUCUCUCGGGCGGCAACCUCUUUGACACUGCAUUCGCUGCCAUCUUUUCGGCAUUCUACGAUACGCGCGUUCCCGUGACUCGCGGUGUGGCCUUCGAGGCGCCAGCUACCUUGGACGCAUCCGGCAACGCAGUGGAGGGCGCCUUCGCCAAUGCACAGGGUGAUCUCGACCAGAUGGGUAUCAAGGGCCUGCUCAAGAAGAAGCCCAAGUCCAGUGCAUCCGGUCCAUCACGCAAGGGAGCUGGAGCUGGAACCAACUCCAAGGUAGUCGAUUUCGAGCUCGAGCAUAGCGGCGAAGACGGUGCAACUCUGGACGGGCGCCAGGAUCUCCCUCUCUGCAUCACCGUCAACAUCCUGCCCAACAGCUACCUGCUUGAUGCAAAUGUGGACGAGGAGGCGUGUGUUGGUUCGCGAGUUCAGGUGUUGGCAACACGAACUUCCAAGGUGCUCUCGGUGCGCACCGAAGGAGCCGAAGAGAUCUCGUUCAAGCGUGUCAGCGAGGCUAUCCGCAUCGGCAGCGUCCAAGCUGCACGCCUAGCGGAUGCGUUGUUAGGCCAGUUGGCGAAUUCAGCUGGUCUCGACGACGAGGACGAAGCGCCACAAGCAGCUCAGGCUUCCAUGGAUGUCGACGCCUGA